AUGGCGACGGACGUUUCUACCACUGGUAUAGAGGUUGAACCUCUUGAACACAAACCGAAUGAACAAAAACUGGUCGAAAAAAAAGGGACAACUAGCGGUGUAAAGUCGUUCCUAGCAGGAGGGUUUGGUGGAAUGUCAGCUGUGCUUGUCGGACAUCCAUUUGAUUUGGUCAAAGUACGAUUACAAACCGCUCCUGAAGGGACAUACACUGGCACGAUUGAUGUAGUAAAAAAAACAAUUGCAAAGGAUGGACUACGUGGUUUAUAUCGUGGUAUGGGUCCUCCAUUAGCCGGCAUAACCCCGAUUUUCGCAAUAAGCUUUUGGGUGGAGCUCAGUACACUGGAAUGCACAAUUGCUGGUGGUAUAUCUGCUGGUCCAACUACAUUAGUAAUGGCUCCAGUUGAAAGGAUUAAAGUGUUAUUACAAAUCCAAGGUCAGGGUGGUGAUGUUAAAUACAAGGGUCCGCUCGAUGUAAUACGCCAUCUUUAUAAAGAAGGUGGUUUGCGUAGUAUUUUUCGCGGAACUAGUGCUACGUUUCUCCGUGAUUUUCCAGGAUCUGCUGCCUAUUUUGGUGCUUAUGAAUUUACAAAAAAACUUUUAACAUCUUCUGAUUCUACUUUGAAUCCUGCUGCUGUCUUAUUUGCUGGUGGUAUGGCUGGUGUCGCUAUGUGGACAAUUUGUAUUCCACCUGAUGUUGUUAAGUCACGCCUUCAAUCGGCUCCUGCUGGUCAAUAUAAGGGUUUUAUGGAUGUGUUACGUCACUUACUUAAAACGGAUGGUCCAUCUGCUUUGUUUAAGGGUCUCGGUCCUGCGUUAUUAAGAGCUUUUCCUGCAAAUGCUGCGGCUUUCAUGGGAUACGAAGCUAGUUUGAAAGUAAUGGAUAAGUUAUGGUAG